AUGCGAUUCCGAUUGGCGGGAGGGAAUCAUUCCGGCUUUGUUGAUUGGCUGGAGCGCAGCGCCGUGGUCGUUCCCCUUCCGGUGGGCGCUGACCUUGCCGGGAGCGCGGCCGCAGCCAUGGUGGCCUACUGGCGGCAGGCGGGGCUCAGCUACAUCCGCUACUCGCAGAUCUGCGCCCAGGCGGUGCGAGCCGCCAUGAAGCCGCAGUACAAGGCGGAGGCGGAGAGGGCGGCGAUGGCCACUGUGAAAACCGUGAAACCCAAGAAGGAGUAAGAUGAGCCGGUCUGUGGUGAAUCACAGUGAACUGCAGAGCUGGAGGCAAACUCAGGACUCUGCAGAACCAUGUCAUCACGUUAACUGUAAGAGUUGCUUCUGUGUGUAAAGCAAUAUGCUAAUAAAAGCAAUUUCUGUUAAAUGAA